CUUCAACCCUUUUUCUCCCGUAGGAAGGAGCCUCUGCAAGAAUGGCGUCGUCGUCCUCCAAGCUAGUCUCCAGGUUAUCUUCUCGAUUACGUUCAUUUACAGCGAAGCCCAGCAAGAUAUCGAUGGCAGCCCAGCCGUCUCCGCUCAAAUUCAGUUCUUCCUCUCAGACCUCCGUUUCUUCUAGACGCAUUCCUCGAGUUUCAAGAUUACCAUUGGAAUUGAGCAGCAUGGGAUCAAUGAUGCCAUUACACAGUGCAGUUGCUUCAGCUCGGUUAAUAUCAAGCUUGUCGAUAGUAUCUGGAAGCUGGGGAUUAGUUCCUCAAGGAAUUUCAAUGCCUUUAUAACAGUCGCAUUGUAGCAAGUUGUGACACAGUGGUGCUAUUUGAUGGCUUGGCUAUAUGAAGGGAUCAUUUUUCACGUUUUGUUUUGCGAUGACUAAAGGCCAAUGACAUUUAAACUUUUUACCUGCCUACAUGGUAUCUAUAUUAUGUUGAUCUUCAUUUCCUUUUCGGCAUGUCUCUUUUUGGGGAGGCUGAAUGAGUUCUAAUUUAACCAAAACUCUGGAGAUGGGGUUAUUAUUGAUAAAACAGGAUCUUCAAAAGCUGGUAUGGCGAUUUGUUGCAAAUGAUAUAGUCUUGGCUAACGAUAGCAAGAUAGUGGAGUCGAUUAUUUAUUACUUUAUUUUAUUUUAUUUAUUUUGGACGAAAAUAAAAUAAAUAUCUUUCGGAUUUCAAGA